AGUUCAGUUCCAAACGGCCGACGAAGCGGACGCGUCGCUAAAGAUCACACUUUGUAUAUAUAUAUAUAUAUAUAUGUACAUAUAUGUGUGUGAACAUAUAGUAUAUGGUAAAGAAAAGCAGUUAAAAAAGUUAAGAAAGCGAGCAAAGAACGGUCAACUCUCACGCGCUCUCCCUCUCUCCGUCGCUUGAUUUCUUUGCGCCUGCGCAACGGUCAUUCUUCGUCUUUCCUCUCUUCGCACUCUCUCGCAAAAGUGAAAAUAUUUGGAGAAAUUUCUUGGGGGCAACCGAAGAAGAAGAAGCAGCAGCAACAGAAGAAGCAGAAUUUCGGUCUCGAGUUUUUUAGUGUGUCAGGAGUGGGCAUAGUUAUCGGUAUCAUCGUAUCUUGCCUUGCCAGUAGUGUCAACAACGAAAUAAAGAAUUGUCUAUCAAAAUAGUUUUUCCGUUCUGUCGUUCUCAGUUUUUUUCAACGCGAUCGAACGGCCCGCAAAAACAUCGCAAGUGUCAAAAGUUCCGCAAAACCGGAAACCAUAACAAACGAAUUCGCAAGUCCCCAAUGUCAAUGACCUAAAUUCGGGGCUUCUCGGAAAAACAAAGUGGGAAAAAUCAAAUCCAGUCAAUGCAAACACGACUUGCGGCUGCAGCAUCUUCAGCGACUUCGAUUAGAGCCAAUAGCAUCGGCUUUAUGUUUGCCUGACAAUUCAGAAGAGCACUAAACCUUGGAAGUUGUAAGAAAUCGGUCUUGUUCACCCCCACCCAACCCACAGGAUACACCUGCUGAACACUUUUUGUACAAAACCAACCGAAAGCAACCUCCAGGACAAGCGACUCAUGGAAACAUGGACAGGCGCUCAACGGCGACAGAAGGAUUUUCAACUAGCUUUUCGAAGGACUUAAUUGAAUAAAUUUUUAUGAACAAUUCAGCAGCUUCCAAAUAGGGAAAAUCAGAGUAAUUACUUCCAAACCGAAAAUAUACCUAUUAGACGGCAAGAAGGAAUAUAAGGGAUUUACCGCCCUUGGAAACUUGAACGCACACUGCAAAUGACAAAGAACUGCUUCCUACUUUAACUUAAGCGCAGGCUCUGAACCGCAGGAUAAUAGCACACAAAAAAAGGAUAAAGAAGAGAAAACACACACACACAGACAAAACACACAGACAACAAUCGAACAUGUCACACGCGGUAGCCAACAAAACGGAAACGGAAGCAGCGCCAAACAGCAGCCUCAAACAGUCCGCAGCCCCCCAGCCCGCAAACAGUCACGAUGCCAAGCUGCUCAACGGCACCUUGGCCCGAACCAACGGACUAACCCAUGCCGCCAGCGUGGCCACCUCCUCCUCCGGCAGCUACGGCAGCUCGAGUGCGGCCGGAUCCAAUGCGGGCUCCGGCGGACCCACCUCAUCCGCGUCCUUAUCCAUAGCGGCGGGGGUGGCGUCCUCGACGGCCCUGCCCUUGCCGCCCAGCAGCAACGGCCUUCAGAUGCCCUACGAGCGUUUCCGGGCGGACGACACCAGCUACGUGCCCAUCGCCCAGUUUUAUGCGGGACGUAGUGUCUUCAUCACAGGCGGAACUGGAUUUAUGGGAAAGGUACUGGUGGAGAAGUUGCUGCGCUCAUGUCCGGAAAUAAGGAAUAUCUAUCUACUGAUACGACCGAAACGCGGUCAAGAAGUGUCAGCACGACUCACGGAACUACUGAAUGCACCACUCUUCGAAUCACUGCGUCAGGAGAAGCCCAAGGAACUCAGUAAAGUCAUACCCAUUUCGGGCGACAUAACUUCCGAGGAACUGGGUAUUUCAGAAAAAGAUCAGAACCUACUGUGUCGCAAUGUUUCCGUUGUCUUUCACUCGGCUGCCACAGUGAAAUUCGAUGAGAAGCUCAAACUGUCAGUCACAAUCAAUAUGCUGGGCACGAAACGCCUCGUCGAGCUCUGCCAUCGCAUGCUGUCACUGGACGCACUAAUCCAUGUAUCCACUGCCUAUUGCAAUUGCGAUAGAACCGAUGUGUCCGAGGUUAUCUACGCACCGCCCUACAAUCCCGAUGAUAUCAUUUCACUAAUCAACUGGCUUCCGGAGGAUAUACUCGAUCAGCUUACACCGCGCCUGAUUGGCAAGCGUCCCAAUACGUACACGUUUACAAAAGCCUUAGCGGAGCAUAUGUUACUUAAGGAGGCUGGUAAUCUGCCCGUUGCCAUUGUGAGGCCAUCGAUUGUGACUGCCAGUCUGAAUGAGCCGUUUGCCGGUUGGGUGGACAACUUCAAUGGGCCAACGGGCCUGGUUUCGGCGCUGGCCAAGGGCAUGUUCCGCACGAUGAUGUGCGAAAAGAACUAUGUGGCCGAUAUGGUACCUGUCGAUAUUGUGAUUAACCUGAUGAUCGCCGCCGCCUGGCGCACAGCGACCCGCAAGUCAAAUAACCUACUCAUCUACAAUUGUUGCACCGGCCAGCGCAAUCCCAUCAUCUGGUCGGAGUUUGUCAAACACGCCAUGACGAGUGUGCGCAAGCAUCCCCUGGAGGGCUGCCUGUGGUAUCCGACUGGCGACCUGCGCAUGAACCGACCCAUGAACACGCUGAAUUGUAUAGCCAAGCACUUUUUACCGGCCUACAUACUGGACGGAGUGGCCAGAAUCAUGGGCAAGAAGCCAUUCGUUGUCAACGUACAAAAUAAAAUUGCCAAAGCUGUGGAAUGCCUCGAGUACUUUGCCACACGCCAAUGGCGCUUCAAGGACGACAACGUACACGCCCUGCUGCACACGCUAAGUCCCAAGGAUCGCGAGAUCUUCGUCUUCGACGUGCGCCACAUUAACUGGGACAAGUAUGUGGAGCGCUACGUUCUGGGCUUCAGGGAGUUCCUGUUCAAGCAGCGACCCGAAUCGCUGCCGGCCAGCAGAAAACGCAUGCUCAGGCUCUACUAUCUGCAUCAGCUGACCAAACUGGUGGCGGUGCUGCUCACCUGGCGCUUUUUAAUGUCGCGCUCGAAGCGCCUGAAUGACUUGUGGAGCUCCUUUCUGGAGAACGCGCUCAGGAUGGCGCGCUUGAUACCCUUUUUGUAAUUAAAUGCGUAUGGCGACCGGUGUGGAAGCUUGGAGACAGCAGCUGCGUACAUAUGUAUAUGUGCUGUGAUCUGACGGUAACUGGCAGGAGCUGUCAGGAUCGGCGAGGAUCCUCUUCUUUGCGAUUGCUAAAUGCUUUAACAUGGCGUACAUCUUAGAGGUUUUUAGCAAAUAGUUAUAUUCAUAUUUUUUAUAUAUGUUACAAAUGCAUAAACAGCAGAAGCCCACAACACAUCCAAACAACCACGAGACACAAGGAGCGUCAGUUAACUAACAUUAAAAUAUUGACAUUACGCAAUGGGGUAACUAAACUAAAUGGCAUCCAUCACAUUUAUUCAGGUGCAAUUAUAGGUCACAGGUUGAGAGGGCCCGGUGUCGGUUGUUGUCUCCACUUAUCUCUCUCCUUCUGCGAGAUUGUACAAUUUUGUGAAAUAAUUUAAAAACGCGCAAGGAGAAAGCCCAAAGUCGAGGAGAAUUCCACAAUUUUGCAAAUUGAGAUAGAGGAUCGAGUGAAUUUAUUGUCGCGACUCGUCGACGAUGAAGCAGUCUGCAUGAAUUAGUACAUCCAAAACUAUACGAAAAAAAAAAAAUAGAAAUUUGAAAAGACAAAAACACAAAACCGAUUAAUUCAGCAAUGAUUAGUGAGGAGGAUAAAUGAAAUUAAAUUAAAUGGCUUGUUAUUGCUUUAAAAAUUACAUAAACGUAACGUAAACUAUGCUAAUUAAUUAAUAUUAAUUAUAAAUAUUAUUACGUAACGAGCGAACAUUGCAUAUAAAUAAUACGACAAGAGAAAAACCAACAUUAUUUAUAAUUGAAUGUAGUUUUAACAUUUUUACAUUUACAAUUAAGUUUUCAAUUUAUAUAAAACAAAAAGCAGAAGGAGCGGAAUUAUAUACGUCGGGAGACAAAAUUUGAAAUAUACAAAAUUCAAUUUAUGUAUAUGUAUAUGAAAAAAGCCGAAACACAAGCAAAAAACUACAAAAAAAAUCAUACCGAUAAUAAAUUAAUGAAAACAACAAAUAUAUUUAUAUAUAAACAUCAGAAACAUAAUUUCUUAGCAUUUGCAGCCUAAAAACUAAAUCUAAGCGUAGCCAGAAAUGGAGUUUCCACAAAAUAACAAACUAUGAAUGAAGUUUUUUGAGGGAAACGCAAUUAGAGAAUCAUGAUUAUGAAAUUUAUAUUUGAAUGCGAUAAAUUGAAAAAUAAAACAAAAACAAAUACAGACAAACAAACUCACACACACACACUAAAACACAGAAACCAAGACACAUAUAGUAAGAACAUUCCAUCCAGUCAGUAGGAAAUCGGGUCAUCAACCAACUCUUCCUCCACUUUGGACUUUUGCUUCCCGUCUCGUUUGAUCGAUAUGGGCCAGUUAAUAUUGGCCGGGUUACGGCCAGGAUAUAUAGUUCGUUCUCGGGUUCGUUUUCGUGCAAUUAUGAAAUAUCUUAUGUUAUGCCUAGAAUUUAUUAUGUUUUAUUUCUAAAGCGAUUUGUAAAUUGCAGUGCAUCAAUAAAAUACACUUCCAAAAU